CUCCCCUUCCUCCCUCUCCCUCGCUAGCGCCAACUCGUACCGGCCUACACCCACCUUUGUGCACGAGAGGAGAACCGAAGAAGCGAGCCAUGUCGAAAGAAAUGGGCGCGCAGGAGGCCACGACGACGGCUUUGCCGGGCAAUGACAGCCUCAAGGCCAAGUCGGAGAAGCACUCGUCAACGACGUCCAUCGACAAGGUCGAGUCAUCCUCCCAAGGCCAUGACCCCAAAUGGGAGAGGCGGACUAUGUUAUGGAUAGACUUCCGCAUCCUGCCUAUCCUUGCGCUCGUCUAUUCCUUUGCCCUCAUUGACCGAAUCAACUUGGGCGCCGCUUAUGCAGCGGGGAUGGAUGUCACCUUGGAUCUCACAGUUGGUGCACGAUACAGUAUUGUGACAUGUCUUUAUUUCGUGCCGUAUAUCCUGCUCCAACUCCCCGGCAAUGUUGUGCUGCGCAAACUCGGUGUCCGCAACUGGCUCACUUUCUUGGUGUUUGCAUGGGGAAGCGUCCAGCUUGGUAUGGGCUUCGUGAAGAACUGGCAGGAGUUGUUAAUUACCCGCAUUUUGCUUGGUGUGUUCGAGGCGCCCUUCUUCCCUUCACUCCUCUGGAUCAUCUCUGCCUGGUACAAGCGCCAUGAAGUCCAGAAGCGAAUGGCUGCUUUCUACCUCCUCUCGAUGACCGCUGGUGGCUUGAGCCCUCUCUUGGCCUAUGGAUUGAGCCUGCUCGAGGGCAAGCGUAACAUUGAAGGAUGGCGCUGGAUCUUCAUCAUUGAAGGUGCCAUCACCGUCUUCCUCGCUAUCAUCACCUUCCUUUUCAUCCCCAACUUCCCUGACGAAAACAGGUUCCUCACCAAGGAGCAGACCGAGUUCGUUCUCAAGCGUAUCGACGAUGACAGAGGUGACGCUCUCCCCGAUGAAAUCACAUUCGCCAAGGUCAUGAAGCACUUGGGUGACUGGACGCUCUGGGCAUACGGCUUCAUCUUCAUGUGUGCUACCAUGCCCAACUAUGUGCAGAGCUACUUCGUCCCUAUUAUUCUUGCCGGUAUGGGCUACGACAAGAAGGGAACUCUCCUUCGAACUGCUCCUCCGUACCUCCCUGCUAUCCCUGUGACCAUCUUCGUUGCCUGGCUCGCAGACAAGUACAAGCACCGUUCGACGUUCAUCGUCAUCCUCGUCGGUGUCUGCCUCCUCGGUAACGGUCUGACCGCAUGGCACCCCAACAACGGCGUUCGCUACUUUGGUGUCUUCCUUACCAACAUGGGUAAUUCGGGCUCUAUCCCAACCAUCCUCGCCUACAGCAGCAACAACGUCGUCAGCCACAGCAAGCGCAGUGUACAAACCGCUAUGAUGGUCGCACUCGGCUCGAUGGGUGGUAUCCUUGCUGCCACUUGCUUCCGAAGCCAGGACCGACCCAAGUACAUCCCUGGCUUGAUUGCCACAAUUUUGUCGCAGGUGGUCAUUAUCGUCUUGAUUGCUGCCUUGACGAUUAGGCAUCGAUACUGGAAUAAGAGGGCGAAGGAGGGCAAGCUGGACGAACCGCUUGAGGGCCAACCUGGCUUCUUGUACACGCUUUAA